UUCUCAUUUUCCGUUCUUUUUCAGAGAGACCAAAUGUUGGCUGCUCAUGAAAUGUUUAAGAAUGCAAACCGUGUGAGUCGAGCAGAAAAGGCUCUUAUUUUGGGAUUCAUGGCUGGUGCAAGAGGUACGUUAUCAGUGUGUACAUCUUUGGUGUUGUGUGGUGAACAGCAGAGAUAUAUACGAAGUGUAAAAUUGCACUGCACAAAAACAUUUUACCUUUUUCUUCUUUCUUGCUUUUUCGUUUUCGCAGUGGUACCUUCAUGCAGGCGUUCAGAUAAUGGAGUACGGCGCGAAGUCAGUGACGAAAGAAAAAAAAAGGAGGGAGAGAGAAAUAUAUAGGAGGGAACCCUCACUCUCACCUCCUACCCCACCUCCCUCGCUGUUUUUACUGCUCACAUCUUUUUGGGCCGCCCCCACAAUCUUAACGCCUGGAACAGACUAUCACAGUGGUUGCUUUAACCUCUUUGGCUGGUUAUGUGAUAUUUUUGGGGGGUUUCAAUAACUUAAUACUAAAGAGCUUUAGAUUCUAAGACGAGGACGACUACAAGUACGAGAAUUUCAACGUCAUUUCGGCGCAAAAACGUGUUAGCCGUCGUCAUUCUACUACAAGAAUGUCGUAGUGGCGGUAACAAGUUACCAAAUUUGAGAAGUUUAAUAAUUUUGCGACCGGGAAAGGGCUAAAGCUUCUGCAAUAAAGAUAAUCGCGCUAAUUUUUCAGGUGAAAAAUAGUAGAAUGAAGCUCUCCGGGUUGAAUAUUUUUCGAGAACGGGAAAAAACUUUAAGUUAAAUCUCGUACUCGUUUCCUCCUUGUCCUCAAAUCUAAAGCUCUCUACUUUUGUUUACUCCUUACAGAAAAACCGUACGCGCAUCAAGGACCCAUUAUUACUAUUAAGCUGAGUGAAAACACCGAGAACGUCACAGCAUCGGAUGGAUCACAGCAGACCCAGCUUGUAGAAAUGUUAUUUGAAAUGAAUUAUGACACAGGACACUGGCGGCGGCUAAAACGUACCAGAGUGGUGUCAAAACAAGGAGCACCGGGCGGGGGACAACCGCAGAAAAACUGA